AUGGCAACCGAGCUGCGCCACCUGCUGGGGGGAGCGGAGCAGUCAGGAGGCUCUGAGAGCGCUGUGGUGGCGCCACCUGGCGGCGGCUCCUGGGACCUGCUCCGUGUGCUCGGUCCCCACGAAGGUCGCAGGGCUGCUCCAUGCUUGGCGCUCUGGCUGAGGAACAGCCCUGGGAUGCUGAGGAGCCUCCUGCAGGGUUCUUCAGUGCCACGUCAAGUCAGAGUCCAGACACAGGAACCAGAGAGAGCGCUGCUCCAGUCCCUGACUCGGCAGGCUCACGGGCCGGGUCAAGGGUCACGGGGGUCGAGGGUCGUGUUUGCCCCCAGCCAGCAGGGCGGCUAUAAGAGGCCGGCGCCGGCGCCGCCGCUCCAUCUCCGGACCAUGGCUCGCUGGGCUCUGCCGUCCCUGCUGCUGACCUGCCUCUGUGUGCGCCUGCAGGGGGCGCCGCUGGACGGGAUGGAGGCGGCGUCCUGUCAGGAUCCUCAGGUCGCCGCCGCCGCCCGCCUGGCGCUCAGAGAGAUCAACCUGGCUCGCCAGGACGGCUACGUGCUGAAGCUGCACCGGCUGGCCGACGCUCACCUGACCAAGCAGGGAGAGAGCGGCGCCGUCUUCUACCUCAGGCUCCAGGUGGCUGAGAGCAACUGCAGCGUGUUGCAGAGAGAGCGCCACCAAGAGUGUGAAGCCCAGGAGGCUCCAGUCAUCGGCGUGUGCAAGGCCGCCAUCUUCAUCAGCCGCGUCCAGCGCGUGGUGCGCCUCUACAAGUACGACUGCGCCCUCAGAGCAGCCCUCCACAAAACGUGCGCCGACUGUCCGGCCCUGAUGGACCUGGGCGACGGCCAGGUCCAGUCCAUCGCCGCCCGCUCCCUGCUGCAGUACCAGAAGGACGCGCAGCUGCGUAAACACUUCGCCGUGCUGCAGGUCACCCGGGCCUCGCUUUCGGUGUCCAUCGGGAACAUCUACAACGUGGACUACACCAUCCAGGAGACCACCUGCGGCGCCGACGUGGAGAGCCCCACGGCAGACAAGUGCCCCCUGCUGGACUGCGAGUUCACGCACCGCGGCUUCUGCCGGGCCUCGCAGUUCCCCACCCAGGACGGAGGAACCCAGCUGUCAGUGCAGUGCCAGAUCUUCGAGUCGGAGGCGGCUGAGCGGGAGAAGGUUCUGCACGCUGCCCAAACUGACCACGCCCACAAGGACACGCACUCUCACGACCCCAAACACGACGGCAGCCACCCAGUGGACGACGCCCACACGCACGACCACGCACACCACCACACCAAGCCGCACUCCCAUAGCCACAGUCACGAGCACCACCACGGCCACGCCCACGACCACGUGCACGCGCACCACGCCAAGGCGCACGACCACUCCGGCGACACUCCCCACCACCACCACCAGUACAAGCACGCCGACGGUGUGCACACGCACGAGCACGACCACGAGCUGGCGUUGGACCACGAGCACAAGCACGCGCACCUGCACGAGCACGAGCACCACCACCACCACCACCAGCACCAGGACCAGAUGGCCAGCCAGCGCCAGCCCCAGGGCGCUGUGAGGAUGCUGCCCCGCCUGGACCAGGCCGCCACGCUGCCGGCGUUCCCGGACCGCCCGGCCGCCGGACUGGAGGAGGCCGCCGCCCUGCCGCUCGUCCCCGACCCCGACAUCCCGGGACAGAUGGAGCCUUUCAUCAGGCCCUUCCCUGCCGCCGCCUCGGCCGCCUGCCCCUCGGCCGACCCCGGCGAUGUGCUGUCCGACUUGUUCUCCCAAGACCCCGAGUUUAAGGUCUGA